GGGAAUCUGGAGAAACCGUUCCUGGGGCCGCACGGCUCCAUCGUGCCUGUGUUCAGCCCUCAGAAUGGCCUUCACUCCGUCCAUGCUGAGAACAGCCUGCAGAAGCCCAGGGUCGUGACUGUGGUGAAGCUGGGUGGGCAUCCCCUCCGGAAGAUCACCCUGCUCCUCAACAGGCGGUCAGUGCAGACGUUUGAGCAGCUCAUAGCGGACAUCUCGGAAGCCUUGGGCUUUCCAAGAUGGAAGAAUGACCGAGUGAGGAAACUAUUUAACCUCAAGGGCAGGGAAAUCAAAAGCGUCUCUGAUUUCUUCAGGGAAGGGGAUGCUUUCAUAGCCAUGGGAAAAGAACCACUGACCUUGAAGAACAUUCAGAUAGCUAUAGAAGAACUGUACCCCAACAAAGCCCGGGCGCUGACACUGACCCUGCAUAGCCGGGCCCCCUCCCCAAGGCUGAGGAGCAGGCUUUCUAGCAAGACUCUGAAAGAGGGUCACCACUGUGGGGAGACUGAGACUACCAAGAACUCUGGUGAGGCUGCUGGGUCCAAGGCGGCCGUCAGGCAUCUGGGGAAGCCCCCAGUGGAGCCAGUGCUAGAGGGCAGGGCAAGGGCACAGAAGAAUUGGGUGAGGGGGAGGUGGGAGCCUGAAUCCAACAGCAAGCUCCCCAGGGAAGCCACUCUAGAGGAGAGGCAUGCAAGUGGAGAGAAGCACCUGGGGGUGGAGAUAGAAAAAACCUCCGGGGAAAUUAUCAGAUGUGAGAAGUGCAAGAGAGAGAGAGAGCUCCAGCAGACCCUGCAGAGGGAGAGGCUGUCCAUGGGGACCAGUGAGCUGGACAUGGGCAAGUCCUCAAGGUAUGAUGUGGAGAAGCUGGCGAGGACGAGAAGCUGCAGGAGGUCUCCUGAGGUGAACCCCCCAGCGGGGGAGGAAGAGUGGAAGAGUGAAAGCCGCAGGAACAGUCCCAGGAAUCUCGCUCAAGACCUGAGGAGACCCAGCAAGAACACAGAGAAGAAAGAGGACAGAGACCCAGAAGGUCAAGAAAGUCAUCCUCUGGGAGCAGUCAAGACGAAGAAGGAACUUGUGGAAGCUCAACCUGUCGUAGACGAGGGGCUGAGGGAAGUGAAGAAAGACACGAGGAAUGUUUGCAGGAACAAGCAUGGUGGCUGGCUCCUGAGGGAGCACCGGGCUGACUUUGAGAAGCUGCCUAGGACACGAGGUGAGGAGACGGAGGCCGAGAAAGAGAAAAAGUCGUGUGUGCCAGGAGGAAGAAAAGUGGUUCUCAGAGAUGAUGAACCUGCAAGGGUAGAAAAGGAGCCCAAGACAAGGCUGGAAGAAAACAAACCAGAACGACCACUGGGCCGGAGGCCACGGCCCACGGGCAUCAUCACAGCUGACGUGGAGAAGCAUUAUGAGACUGGCCGGGUCAUUGGCGAUGGGAAUUUUGCCCUUGUGAAGGAGUGCAGGCACCGGGACACCAGGCAGGCCUAUGCGAUGAAGAUUAUUGACAAGUCCAGACUCAAGGGGAAGGAGGACAUGGUUGACAGCGAGAUCUUUAUCAUCCAGAGCCUCUCUCAUCCCAACAUAGUGAAACUGCACGAAGUAUACGAAACGGCGAGGGAGAUCUACUUGAUCAUGGAGUAUGUGCAAGGAGGUGAUCUUUUUGAUGCAAUCAUAGAAAGUGUGAAGUUUCCAGAGCGAGAAGCUGCGCUCAUGAUCAUGGACUUGUGUAAGGCGCUUGUCCACAUGCACGACAAGGGCAUCGUCCAUCGGGACCUCAAGCCAGAAAACCUUUUGGUUCAGCGAAAUGAGGACAAAUCUACCACCCUGAAACUAGCCGAUUUUGGUCUGGCAAAGCUUGUGGUGAGACCCAUAUUUACUGUGUGUGGGACCCCGACUUACGUAGCUCCCGAAAUUCUUUCUGAGAAAGGUUAUGGGCUGGAGGUGGACAUGUGGGCUGCGGGCGUGAUCCUCUACAUCCUCCUGUGUGGCUUCCCCCCCUUCCGCAGCCCAGAGAGGGACCAGGAUGAGCUCUUUAACAUCAUCCAGCUGGGCCGCUUCGAGUUCCUCGCCCCUUACUGGGACAACAUCUCCGAUGCUGCCAAAGAUCUGGUGAGCCGCUUGCUGGUGGUAGACCCUAAAAAGCGCUACACGGCCCACCAGGUUCUGCAGCACCCCUGGAUUGAAACUGCUGGGAAGACCAGCACAGCACGCAGAGAGAAGCAGGCGUCCCUCGGCAGUGAGGGCCACUUCCGGAGGCAGCACAAGAGGGCCACACAGGACACAUUGUAGCCAUCACCUUGGGCGUCUGUCCAGCGUCCCAGUCUGCUCAAGGACAGCAAGAAGGACAGGAGGUGGAGAGAGAAACAGAGCAAGGGGCUUCUUGAGAUAAUCUGAGAAUUGGAACUAGGAGAGAUGCCCCGUAUAUUUUAAUGCAUAUUUAAAAGAAAUACACCGAGUCUUAAUGUUAAGAAAUGUAACGUAUUUUAGGUUUGUACAUGUAUUUGAAGCCUUUAAUACUUUUUGGGGGAAGACUUGUCGUCAGUGGGGAGUUUUCGGUGCCCAUGGUGUUUUGCAUCUUCCUUGUCAUCAGGUUCGUGGUGCGCUGCGUGAGUGGUGCCUCCUGGGCCCUGAACACCCC